AUGCUACAAGUCCAACAAGGUGCUUCUUUUCCACGAGUUCCGCCCUAUUUCGGUAAGAAGAGCUUCUUGCAAAUACACUUUCGUGGGUACUUGUGUAUUUCGUUGAGAACUCUCGUGCAAGAAGACUUUUUGUUCUCGUGUUUUAUUUGUGUGUCGGAUUCAUUCAUAUUUAAUGAUUCUUUUAAUGUCGAACAAAGUCCCGAAUUGCCUUCUCAUAGUAGCAAUUACUCAUUAAAUGCAUCAUACUCAGUUGAAAAGGAGUUACUUAUAAUAGAUAAUUCAAAUGGCUACCUUUAUGAUCAACAGCCAGAAAUUAUUUCUGACGACGUUGUAAACGUGAUUGAAGUGCCAAAUCCAAGGAUUAACAAUUAUAUUUACCAAGUUUUGUCUCAGACUGGUGAAGGCAAUUUUUUAAUUCAAGCCUUUGACUUUGAAUCAGUUCAAGAAAACAGACAACUGUUAUUAGACACAAAAAAGCAAACCUAUUUUUCGAUUCAUAAAGUUUCGAAAAUUGUGAUUUAUCACGAAAUUCACCGAACAAAUUCAUAUUCAAUAAAUGCAGACAGACUUGAAUUUCUAGCCGAAAGUGCCUCAAUACUUUUUCCGCCUUAUUUAAAGGAAACAUUUUACUCCAAAAGUACUCCAAAAAACGAUGCUCAUGGAACAUUUCAAACCUGCUACGCCAAAUUACGAGAGAAAGCAAUCGCGAUAAAUCUUAUCAAAAUAUCCAAAAAUCGAAAGAGGAAAAUUGCGGAUGAUGACGAAAGUCUUUGCCAAGCCUUCGAAGUGUUACGAGAGUCAGUAACCAUUAUCGACGACGAUUUUAAACAAAAGUGGACAAAUACCGCAAUUAGGGAAAAAAAAUUAUUUUUCUCAAAGUCUGAUUUUGCAAAAAUUUUUCGGACACUUCCCGCAUUACUGAAUCCACUAGGUUAUACUUUGAUACAAGAAGAUUUCUCGACUGGUUUCAGUAAGCCUUCAAAUUCAUUUGAGGAAAACUGGCCAAAUACUGCGAAAAAAAUUAUCAAAUUGGCUAAAUCAAAAAGAGACCAAGAUAUUAAAAACAUUUUGAAAGAAUACAAAACGUCAACUGAGGAAGUAGAUAACAACGUCGCAUUACUGUUGUUGCCCUUGUUAUUUAAGAAAAUAACAAAAUUGACGAAGAAGUCAAGUUACGGAAAAGCGUGGAAUCCAGAGAAAACGGAAGUUUCGAGUUGCUUUGUUCAUCACGUAAAGGAGAAAGAAAACAUUAGCAACAUUUUGAAAGAAGUCAAUCAGAAAAUUGUUCUUUUGCACACGGAACACAAAUUAGUUACUCAACCGUAUGUUGUCAUUCAUGGUGCAAAUAUUAAUAGUAUAACAGCUGCUUAUGUCAGCAUUGGUAAUCACACUUACCAAGUAGCGAGCCCUUCUAAAGCUAUUGAUUUGUGCUUCCAAUCUGUGAAAGUUUUUCAAAAAGAUUUUUCACACAUUUGCAAUCAUGUAUGGCAAUUUCUCGAGAGAGAAAUUUUUCAAUUUCACGUUCCAAAUAUUCUCGGUACAGUUGCUCAAGUGAUAAAUCAAUUGCAACAAAUUUAAUGA